AUGAUAUCAACUCUCCUCAUCCUCUUGGAAACAUCGCUGCUAAGCCUAACAUCGGCAUCGGCGGCCCAUGAGCGCUCGUAUUUCUAUGUCGGCGGGAACUACUCCCUUAACAGCGAUGACGAACAUAUCUUCACCGACCAGAUGUAUAUUGAGAAGCUUGUUCCGGCGGGUGGUGUCUCGAGGGAGUAUCCGAUUGUGUUUGUGCAUGGGAAUGGGCAGACUGGAACAAAUUGGUUGAACAAGCCCGACGGCGGCGACGGCUGGGCAUCCUAUUUCUUAUCCCAAGGCUACGAAUGCUACAUCCUCGACCAAACAUCCCGCGGCCGUAGUCCAUGGACACCGGAAAGCGGCACGCGGUCGGUCUUCACAACAGAGCAUAUACAGGAGUAUUUCACGGCCCCGGAGCGGUAUAAUACCUGGCCCCAAGCACACCUGCAUACGCAAUGGCCUGGCUCUGGUGUGAUGGGAGACCCCGUAUUUGAUGCAUUCUACGCGUCGAAUGUCCCGUAUGUGAAUGUGUCAACGGCGCAGCAAUCUGCCGUCCAGGAUGCAGGUGCGCAGUUGCUGGAUCGUAUUGGGAGGAAGGUUAUUCUUGUUGGUCAUUCGCAAGGCGGAACGAUGUCCUGGGUUAUUGCGGACGCGAAGCCGGAGUCGAUCCACUCGCUUGUGGCUAUUGAGCCUGCUGGGCCGCCAUUUCGGGAUGUGGCUUUUGGAAAUGCGCCUGCUAGGGCGUUUGCUCUGGCUGAUAUUCCGGUUACGUAUGAGCCGGCUGUCGCGGACCCGGAGAGUGAUUUUGUGUAUCAAACAGUUCAGGCGAAUUCGACGGAUCGAUUUGAUUGUCUUACCCAGGCUGAACACCCGCAACCGCGACAGUUAGCUAAUAUCAGCAAGUUUCCGGUACUCUUGGUCACGACGGAAGCAUCGUACCAUGCGCAAUAUGACUGGUGUACGGUGUUGUUUCUGCGACAGGCGGGUGUCAAGACGGAGCAUUGGGAAUUGGCACAAUUGGGGAUUCACGGCAACGGCCACAUGGUGUUCAUGGAGAAGGAUAGCGAUGAGGUGGCUCAGGCAAUUGCAGGGUGGUUGGAGCAUUGA